CUCUCUCGCCAUCUCCAGCUAGCUCUCUCUCUCUCUCUAGCUUUGCAAGGGUCAAGGCCUUCUUCCUCUAUCAACCUCGUUCCCUUCUCCCUUGGACACGUCACUACCACACAAUGGCUCCAGUACUCGUCCCCACCAGCGUCGCUAAGUCGGGUUUCACCAUACCCGCCACCCUGCCGAGCCGAGCAUACGUAACCUUUUUGGCCGGCAACGGCGACUACGUGAAAGGCGUCGUCGGAUUGGCCAAGGGAUUGAGGAAGGUCAAAACGGCGUACCCAUUGGUCGUUGCGGUCUUGCCCGACGUCCCUCAAGAGCACCGUCGUAUUCUGGAGUCGCAGGGUUGCAUAGUCGGAGAGAUCGAACCCGUUUGCCCGCCCGAGAACCAGACCCGGUUCGCCAUGGCCUAUUACGUAAUCAACUAUUCCAAGCUCCGAAUUUGGGAGUUUGUGGAGUAUAGCAAGAUGAUAUACUUGGACGGGGACAUUCAGGUGUACGACAAUAUAGACCACCUGUUUGAUCUGCCAGACGGCCACUUCUACGCAGUGAUGGAUUGCUUUUGCGAGAAAACAUGGAGUCACACGCCGCAGUACAAGAUCGGGUACUGCCAGCAGUGCCCGGAGAAGGUGCAGUGGCCCACAUCGGAGCUGGGACCACCACCCUCACUUUACUUCAACGCCGGCAUGUUUGUGUUCGAGCCCGACCUCGAAACCUACCAUGACCUCUUGAACACUCUCAAAGUGACUCCUCCCACCCCAUUUGCGGAGCAGGACUAUCUGAACAUGUUCUUUAGGAAAAUCUACAAGCCAAUUCCUUUGGCUUACAAUUUGGUCCUCGCAAUGUUGUGGCGACACCCGGAGAAUGUGGAGCUUGACAAAGUGAAAGUGGUGCAUUAUUGUGCAGCAGGAUCAAAGCCGUGGAGGUACACAGGCAAGGAGGAGAACAUGGAGAGGGAGGACAUAAAGAUGUUGGUGAAGAAAUGGUGGGACAUAUACAACGACACGUCGUUGGAUUACAAGAAACCAUCGGCACCAGGAGCAAGAGCAGCUGUUGUGGGCGGUGCUGAAGGUGAAGGGGUGAACAUGCAGCCCUUCAUUGAGGCUCUGUCGGAAGCUGGUGUGGUGCAAUAUGUGACUGCCCCAUCAGCCGCUUAAGAAGGGUAGACGUGGAGUGAGUGAAAAUAUUUAGAUUCCUUUGUUAUGUUUCUUUUUCCAUGGCUGUUAAUGAACUGGAUGGAAUCAAAUGCUUGGGGUCGGGGAAAAGCAGGUUUUGAUGUUUUUGCUUUGUUUCAUCUUCUUUUGUUUCUGGUUGGACCUGCGAGGAGAUGCGGGUUGCUGUGUUCUGUUGAUAUAUCUUGUACCAUAUACAUAAUAAUGUAAUUUUUAUGAAGCGAGUCUGGAUUUCUAUUUUCAGUUUAUCACUUGCCCAGCUAUCUAUUUCCA